AUGGAAAAACUAAAGAAUUCAUAUGUUAAAAAAAUAAACGCUGCAUACACAUUUAUCCAUGAUAAGGUAUUUGAGAUUUUUGUGCAUUUCUGUGGUAAACAUGUGUAUGACUUUAUGCUCGAAAUAGCACACCCAUGUGUCAUACGUGAUCGUUUUGUAUUUAAAAAUUUACUGGGAGAAACCAUGAAGCAUGCAAAUUUAGUGGAAAUCUCGCCUGAAAGGGAAAACAAAUAUUUUGAAAGAUUGAAAAAAGAUGCAGAACAGGGUUUAUUUCAAACUGUUUUUUCAAAUCCAAAUUUAAAUGACAUAGCCUUUCGUUCUAAUUUCAUAAAUCGUAUUGCAAAGAUUGUAGUUAACUCACUACCAGCUAAAAUAGUAUUUUCGUUGUUAAUGUCUAUGAUCGAAUUCGGUUUUUGCGACAUUGUAUCCAUUCUGUUGACAAAAGAUGUAGAUUUAAACCAGAUACAUUGGGAUGGCGAAACUGCUCUGUUUAAAGCGUCUUGUAAAGGAUGCACUAGCAUCGUUGAACUACUAUUACAAAAAUAUGCUGAUCCAAAUGUGCAUGCUUGUUUCAAUUUUCUAAAUCAUAUUGAAAAGAAUUAUCCAGGAAUUACUGUAAACGGUAUCUAUGGUAACUGUACCUAUAUCAGUUCAGAUCCUUGCCAUUCGAAGAGAUAUGACGUUUGUAUAAACGAAUGUGAAACAACUUACUCCUUCCCAAUUGCUUCCACAAUACCAUGCACCAUUGAUCCAUUAACAGUUGAAACGUACAUGCAAAAUUUAAAAAGUAGAAAAAUGUCCCGGUUUGAGUCGUAUGAAACGUACAAAGUAUCACCUCUUCAUGUGGCUGCAAGUAAAGGUUAUACUGAAAUUGUAAAACUAUUGUUGGGUCAGAAUGUUCAACCUGUUUUUUCUACUGACUGUUACCUUAUAGCGUCACCUUUGCUUAUAGCUUCAAAUCAAGGUUACAAGGAUAUUGUUCAAUUGUUGUUACAGAAAAAAGCUAAUUCCAAUACAUCAGAACUGGCUUAUAUCCAGAAAGAAUAUACUCAGUCAAGUUUAGAGGCCCCUUUACAUAAAGCCAUUGAGAAGGGUUAUUAUGAUAUUGUAGAAUUACUGCUUAAUCAACAUAAAGAUUAUUUUCCAUACGAUGAAACUUCACGAAUGAGUACGUCACAUACAAAGUUCAAUAUGAUGUUUUAUUUAGAUAUGCUUAUAAUUGCAGUUGCUAAUGGUCGUUAUGAAAUAGUGAAAUUGCUUUUAGAACAAAAUUCUGGUUCAAAUUUGUGCGAUGAAAAUUACGUAUCACUGCUAUUUCAAUCAAUAGAUUACGGAAAAAUAGAAAUUGUACAAUUGAUAAUAGAAUAUAGAUUUUAUGCUAAUUAUUGUUAUGAAAGCAACGAAUCACUUUUGUGUAGAGCUACAUCUAAAGGUCAUUAUGAGAUUGUGAAAUUGUUAUUAAAAUACAACGUUGAUUGUCGUAUUUGUAAAAAGGGGGAUCAUGAAACGCCACUUCAUAUAGCUGCAUUGAAGGGUCACACUAAGAUCGUAUUAUUGCUGCUUGAAAAUAACAAUAAUCCAAACACAUUAGAUCAGGACGGGCAAUCAGCCUUGCAUAUUGCAACACACAAGGGUUAUUUAGAGAUAGUUAAAUUAUUGUUGCGACAUAAAUGUGAUCCUCAUGCAUGUAAUAAAGAGAAAGAAUCGCCGUUGUUUAUCGCAUCACAAAAUGGUAAUACUGAUAUUGUAAAAUUAUUGUUGGAUAAUGAUUGUGAUCCCGAUAUUUGUGAUAAACACAAUCAGUCGCCUUUGUUUAUUGCAUCUCUAAGGGGUUAUGUUGAGAUUGUCAAGUUAUUAUUGUAUCAUAAUUCCGAUCUGAAUAUAUGUAAUGAAUACAACGAAUCACCUUUGUUUGCCGCUUCAAGACGAGGUCGAACUGAUAUUUUAAAGCUUUUAUUAGAUUAUAAUUCUGUUCUUCAUUUACAUGAUAUAUACUUUGAAUCACCACUGUAUAUUGCUUCAUUUUGGGGAUAUACUGAGGUUGUUAAAUUAUUGUUAUGUUAUCAUAGUGAUGCUCAAAUUUGUAACGAAUGUGCCAAAUUAUCUCUUUUUACUGCCUUACAAUGCGGUCAUACGGAGAUUGUAAAAUUAUUGUUAGAAAAUGAUUGCAAUCCUAAUGAAUGUAAUAAAUACAAUGAAUCUCCUCUAUUUGUUGCUUCAUUUCUGUGUCAUACUGAAAUUGUAAAAUUAUUGUUUGAUUAUAAUUGUGAUCCUGAUGUGUGUAAUGUAAACAGUGAAUCCCCACUUUUUGCUGCGUCAAGAUGGGGCUUUACUGAGAUUGUUAGAUUAUUGUUAGAUCAUAGGAGUCGCCCUAAUCUAUGUAAUAGAGAAAAUGAAUCGCCCUUGUUUAUAGCUUCCUGUAAGGGUUAUACUGAUACUGUAAAGUUGUUGUUAGAUCAUGAUAGCGAUUCUAAUAUCUGUAAUAAAGACCAGAAAUCACCUCUGUUUAUGGCUUCUUUUCAAGGUCACACUGAAAUUGUAAAACUAUUGUUAGAUUAUAAUAGUGAUCCUAAUAUUUGUAAUAAAAACAAUUAUUCACCCCUGUUGGUCGCUUCCUCUGCCGGUCAUAAUGGAAUUGUAAAUCUAUUGUUAAAUCACAAUAGUGAUCUUAAUAUAUGUAAUAAAAGCAAUGAAUCUCCUCUAAAUGUAGCUUCUUCUCAUGGUCAUACUGAAUCUGUUCAACUAUUGUUAGAUCAUAAUAGUGAUUCUGGUGCUUGCAAUAAAGACAACGAAUCUCCUCUUUUUGCUGCGUGUUUGAACGGUCAUAUUGAAAUUGUACGAUUAUUGUUAGCUCAUAAUAGUGAUCCAAAUAUUUGUAAUACAAAUGACUAUUCUCCUCUACUGGUCGCUUUAUCCUACGGUCACACUGAAAUUGUCAAACUAUUAUUAGAUAAUAAAAGUCAUCCUAAUAUAUGCAGUAAAUACAAUGAAUCUCCUUUGUUUGUUGCAUCUGUAAAACUGAUCUUGUGA